CUCAUUAAGAGAAACCUCUCAGAGAUCCGGCUGCUCACUUCAGUGGAAGGGAGUCAGCGCAAAGGCUCCCACUACUAUAAAGAGAAACGAACUUUAUGAAAAUUCUCAAUACGACUAUGUCAGUUAUUUAAAGGUUUUACUUUGUUGUGUAAACUGGAAUAACGUGCAAUACAGUAGCUCUAACGCGAUUCUAUGGACGACACUUCAUACGCGAACGUCUUGCAAGUUAAUGGAUGAUUUGCCUUUUCAAAUGAUCUAAAAAGUACUUGGGAAAAGCGACCGUCUAUUUAAAGACGUUGAUCCUUUGCAGUUGUUAACCAGAAGGAGAAUUCUCCAGGGAUUUACCCUCUCUUUUGUUUGGGAUUUUCCGACACUUGUCUUUCAUAAAUAACAGGUUGCACUAGGACUUGACACGGAAAGCAAAGCCCGGAGUGAGUUUCCUUCAGUUUUGUAGUGCGUUUUUACCCAGAAAUGGUGGGGCAUCUACACUUGCAAGCGAUGGAUGAGAGCCUGAAAGGAAAGACCCGCGAGGGGUUGCUUGACAGUCCGGAUUCCGGGCUCCCGCCGAGCCCCAGUCCACCUUUUUACUCCCUGUCUCCGGCCAUCCUGGAGAGCAGAGCCGGGGGGAGCACUACGCCUAUGGAGCAGCAGGGAUUCAGCUACAGAAAGGAGAGCAAAGAGGGCAAACUGUUGCCUUACCUGCUGCUGAACUCCUCUGGGACGGAGAUGAAAUCGAGGAUGUACCCAGUGUUCUUUGGGGAGAGCAUUGAGGUCUGCCCAAAGCCGAAGCGUGAAGUCAGGUGCAACUCAGAGGUGAAGUAUGACUCGGACAAACACUACAGGGACAAUGUGUACUGCGCCCCAGUUCCCACCGUAACCUCCUACAGCGAGACCGUCAUAGCGGCCCCUAACUGCACGUGGCGGAACUACAAGACGGAACUGCAGUUCGAGCCCCGGCAGAAACCUCUGCGGUUCCAAAGCACGACCAUCAUCUUCCCCAAGCACGCCAAGAACAUUUACAGGACCACCCUCAACUACAACGGCUCCAGCGCCGACAGGUGGUUUGUCUCCCGCGUUCAGCUGGAAUCCAGCGAGGAUGCCAGCCCCUGUAUAAUCUACACCGAGAACCUCUGAGUUCCCCACCGCCACCUCCUUGUGUAGAUUGGCAACACGCUUCAGUGAGCGAGAAGAGGAAAGAGAGAGAGAGACACUUGACAUGCUGCGGUAGAGGGCUCUUUGCUAUCGGUGAAUAGGUACUUGAAAACUCAAUGGCAGGACAUGAAAGUUCCGAAUGAGUGCCUGUGUGUCUGCGUCUGUCUCUGCAUGUGUUGCCACAAACAGGAAUCUGAAAUUAUAUAGCUUUCUUUUUCCUUCAAAUUAUUGCUUAAGUCCAGGUGGUAUAGGGAAACACUCUUUUGUGGUUUUUUGCCUUUGCUGCAAUUCUGUUUGCUGCUGAUUUCUGCAGUACGGCUCUCCUUUCGCUUGUAGAAGCUUCUGAGUUUGACCAGAUCUGGAGAUGCUUUUCCUUCAUUCCUACAGCAGGGCACUUCUGCUCUGGCGGUCAGUGGCCCAUGUGUGGCAUUCUUUAGCUGGACAGCGUGAUAAAAGCAAGCGAGGGAUCUCCCACAUGAACCUUGAGACAGGGGGACUCAGGAUUUGGCCCCUGCGCCAAAACAACUGGAAAACAUGUAUUUAACAGAAAGAAUCAGGAGGGAUCUCUGCUUUCAUUUUCAACUUUAAAAAAGUGAUUAAACUGCAGAAAAAAUAUUAAAAAUGGAUAUGGAAAGAAUAAAAAAAUUGGAAACUACUGGGACAGUAGAAACCAUGGGAUUAGUGUGUAAUUUUGUCAGCAGUUAUGUCCCAUGUUAGUAAAGGUUUUUGAUAUAUUAUUGUAAUUAAUAUUUUAAAUGUUUUCAGCCACAUGAAAACUGCAUAUCAGCUACAGAAAAAUAGUUGUUACAUGUCAGAACUGUCGGAACUCCAUUGGCGAAAAACUCAAAAUGCCAGGAUAUAACCUUAAAUAUUUACAUUCUGAGAUGAUUUUAUCCUAUUUAGCAUUGCUGAUCGCCAGAAAGUAUAUUUAGAGUUUCUGAAAGAAAACCAACUUUAGCAAUUUUAUAUCUGUUUAAAUAAACAAAGAGAGAUAUGCCAGAAUCAAGACUAGGCAAUGAAAAUGUGUUUCCUGAACAGCUUUUGUAUGUUCUAGGAAAAAGGUGAGUGUUCAGUUAACAUAAAGGAGGCAUCACUAACACAAAAAUCUGUAGUUUUAUUUAAACUAUUACGUUAACAUCUGUUGCAGAUAAAAGGUCACUAUACAUUAUUCUGUGAACAUACUGCCUAGAAAAUGUCAUAUACUGCAUAAAGAAUUCAAAGGAGAAUGUAUUUAUGAAGAUUAAUAAGGUCAGACAAGUAUGUGCUACAACUGAUUAUUGCUGUGCAGUAUGUAAUAUGAUAAUUAGUCAUAAAAUACAGUUUAAUGCUUUGAUUAUAUUUCUUUAAAAUGUUUUAAGACAUAUACACAUUCUUCUGACAAAGAGAAUUUGAAGUAUCUAUCACUUUUAAGGCAGGACCAAGUAUUUAAUAAUGCAAUAAAAUCCAUUAACUCAUUUUGUGCUUCUGUCACACUGUACUGUACAUGCAUUAGUCUGUGCAGUGUGAUCAGGUGAACAUAGUCUUAUUAGUCUGAUUGUGUCUGAAUAUUUGUCAUGUUCUAUUUCAUCAUAAUUGAAACACUUCAUAAUCACAUCAUAAAUUAUUCUUCUGAAUAAUUAUGGAAAAAUUUUGCAAAGACUAAUAUUAUACUCUUCAAAGUUUUUCAACUUUUUUUCUUUUAAAAAGACCUUGUCUAUUAAGAAAUGGGUUAGCACUAUUAGAAAACUAUGUGGUAGGGCACAGCUCACACCUCAGUUAUAAAGAGCUUUUGACUGGGUUUUGCUUCAUUUACCUUCUGCAAGUUCUUUGUAGUCCUUUUUAUGUAGAACUAGCUGUUGUAUCACAGCUAAAAGACUAGUGUAAAACCAAAAAGCGUGGUUAAAGGGUAUUUAUAGUGAAAUUAGAACUCUUUUUCUAUAAAUCUGUCAUUACAAAAAAUAUAAAUUGGCCAACACUAAAACACACAGCCAUAAUUUACUUUUCCCUCAUUGCUGAGUGCUUGGACACACAGGUACAGUGUUUGUACAGAAAGUGCUGUUUUCCACCCCUAAUUCAGAUGGGCUUCUACAGGGGCUGAACUACUCUUCAUUCAGCAGGAAUUGUGACCGACCUUUUGAUGUUGUUGUUGUUUUAAUCGCACCAAUGGCACCAGGGCCAGAGUUUGGUGUGUUAGGAGGCCGAGUCACACAAUUUGGUUUUUGUGGGACAGAAAAUAAAACAGAUAGGAAAUCCCUUUAGCGAGCCCCUGCUUUGAGAUUUUACAAGCCUGGUACACUGGCUUGGCCCAAGAAGUGGGGCAUGAAGCAGGAACUACAACAAAUAAUAAAUCUGAUUUUUACAACAUGUCAACAGUGUUUAUAAAUACUGCAGAAGAAUUUUAAACUAAACAAAACAGUGCAGCAGCACUGCCUGUCCUGCCCAGAUUCAUGUUCCUACUUGAAUCUAAGGAGUCUCAGAUAUAACAGUUAUAAUUAGUUAUUUCAAGUUAAAAGUUGUUUAGUAGAGUUCACCGUUAGGGUCUUCCUUACAAGAAAAUCUAUCAACUAACUUACCAAUUAUUUCUUAUUUCACUCAGUUGCUCACAAGCCACAGAAACUUCCUACGUAACAUACAGUACUGUGACAUAGAGCUCACCUCUCAACACAAGAUUGUUAUAGAUAAAUACAGACUAAUUUCAAAGGCGACUGGAGUCAAGAGGCAGUGUAAAGCAGAAGAAAUCAAGAGUAAUUGUUGUAAUUUUUCCUUUUUGUUUGCUGUGCAAGCUGGGACAUCUUUCAGACAUAAAGCUUACCUAGGAAUGAUAACUGGUCUUGCUAGGUAACCAGACCAAAAGAGUUUUUAAAUUAACAGGGCAGAUCUGUACAAGAUGUUGUUCCUCUUGGGAUAAUUUUAAAUAACUUUCCUCAUUGUCUCUGGUGCAGCAACUGGGAGUAGGGAUGAGGUCCUGCGAUUCAGGUUGGAAACUGAACUGGAAAGAAAUGUGGCAGAAUGUCUAUAACACAUCCUCUUUAUGUAGGUGGGUCAGGCUUAAGUCCCAGCAGCUACUGUAAGAUAUUUUAAUAAAUAUGUAAGAAACUUACUUUAUAGCAGAAGGAGGUGCAGCUAGAGAGAUUCCAAAAGCAGUCUUUUUGCUGCAGGUUCAAGAACUGCAACCAUCUAGUGCCAGGAGGACAGGGGAGCACACAUUCACAAGCAAUUUGUUUAAAAAAAGCCCUUUUUUACAUUAUAGAAUGACUGGUGCCAGUUUUAUUCGAGCUGAACUCUUGCCAGGUUUCACAUUUCAUGGUCCACUAAUGUUUUCUUGUUUGUAAGAAACUUUGUAGUACUUUUUUUCAGCCAAUAUUAAAAAAUACAUUGCCAAGUGAAAUUCUCCUAAACUGUCAAAUCCAACUGGCUUCAUCCCCAUUAUCAUAACCUAUCAAUUAACCUCUGGCCUGCUAGCAAUAAAGUAACACCCUCCUCCUACAGCAGUCAUAUCGCUGCUGUAGCUUCACUGCAACGUGGCUAAAAUAUAAUGGGAAAAAACAACAACUUUCCGAACAGUACAAAUUUAGGAUGAAUGACGCUAAUUACCAUGAAGAACGAUGUAUUCAGGGACUGCAUGAAUCGUUUGGUGUAUAGCACAGUCUAUAAAUCAGCCUUCUUGAUUUUCAGAAAGUCAUAGGUGCUUUACACGUCUGAAAUGCCUUCAUCGCAGUCUUAGGGAAAAUUAAGAUCUCUACAGGCCAUGCUGUGGACAUGACUGUUAACACCCACUAUGGCCUGGGUUAGAAUUAUGACCCAUCAACGGCAAAUUCCAACCCCAGUACUUGAUGGUGGCUUUCCAUUGGAGAAACCCAUGACUUCACUAUACAGUCCCAACAUUUAUAAUUGGGUUAGGAAUUUGGCAAUGGCUCAGCUUUACUUCUAGGCUCACGUCAGCCUUAGUAUAUUUCAAGACUAAUCUAAUAAUUAUGCUUUUUAUAAAUAUAGUACUGUAAUUACUAUGUAUUUAGAAACACUUCAACAUGGAGCAAAACUUUCACAGAUCACAAAUUAUGCGACUGAAUGCAGCAGGUAAUGAAGUAUUUGGUAUCUGAACUUCUUUCCUUUAUUUUCCUCAAUUGAUUAAGAUUGAAGUUCUAUAUACAUUUGCAUUAACUCAAUAAUAUGUACAGUACACAUAUAUAUAGUAUAUUGCCUGCCAUACUGUAUAUAAAGACAAGACAAAAUCCUAAAUUGUGAACCUGGCACUGGAUUAAAAUGCAUGAAUGGUUUUAACUAACAUGGUUUAUGUUUAUGCUUAUGCUGUACAGUAAGAAGCUGAACAUGCCCUGGGAAUUACUAAAAAAUAAUAUAUAUUCUGGUAAAGAUGGACGUACUCUAAUGAUGUAAGUGUAAAAAAAGGGUCUUCUCAUUUUCAUUUCCAAAUAAGUAAAAAAGUCGUCGGCUAUUAAAACCGACAGUAAAACACUUUUUUAUACUUCUACUAAGCAGAAAUGUGGUUUCACAAGGAUGUUUGUCGUAUUAGUAGUUUAGAGUGAUUUAAGGGAGGAUGCAGAUUUUAAAGACUAAAGCUCUGUACCUUGUAUCAAAGCCAUAAUUACAGCCUUAACAUUGUUGGGAAACAAUUUUCUUAUGAUGAAGACAUUUUACGAGUGCUGCAAUAAUGAUAAACGUUUAGCUGUUGCAUAUGGUGAGAGAUUAAUGGGGAUCUUUAGCAUGAACUGAUUAAAGCAAUCAUUAGAAAUCUGAUGUUAUGGGUUAUAUUGUUACAUCCAUUAGCAACAAGCAAGAGCAAUGUGGCUGUGUAACUCUUUAAACAUCUUGCAAUCUUGUAAUGCAAGAUUUUCAAGAUAUUUAUUUUAAACUUUAAAAACUUCUUGGACUCCAGAGAAACCCUUUGAAAAUGACAAGAUAGUUUACUGAUCAUUUGUAUUGUACCUAUUCUUACUGUACACUGUAAGUGGUCAUUCAAUAAAACGGUAUUGGACAUCCCAGAAGAAGAGAUACUGGUCUCACUUCUGGGGUUCUCUCUGGAUACAAAUUCAGGAUUUUUUCUGAAUGUCUUUUACCUUCAGAAAAAUUGAAUUUCACUGUGCCCAGACCUGUGCUUUUCCAAUGGCUGAGGAAGUUACUGAUGGUUUGCGUAGAGUUGAAAACAGGGAUAGAGGAAGAGACGGAUGAGGUUCUAAGACUCUUAAGGCGUAAAAUUGUACUAGAUUUUAUUAAUGGAUUUUGAUUUUUUUUCUUAACAUCUUGACAUUUUAUGUGCUUGUUAAAUACUUUUCAUGUUGUAUAUGUGGCAAUAAGGCACUUCAUAAUUUCCUUUAUAUUUUUGUAUCUUUCCCCAAAUAUGCUCUUUUUCAAUGAUGGAUAAGAAGAUAAUUUAAAGAGACAAAUGUGUAUCAUAAUAAAACUUUAUAAAAACCCCAUGCCAUGUGCUUUCAAUCUGUUUUCCCCUACAUGUCAUAUUAAUUAGCUCUGUCAAUGUGUUAUAGUAUAUACUGUAUAAUCUGAUUCUUUAUGGCAGAAUAAUGAGGAAAAUAAAGAGGAAUAAA